UNCGGUACUGGGGGAUAUUUAGGCAUUGAAUUACCAAAACCUAAUAAAAACACUGAUGCCGUUAUUGCCUCCUGGAAAGAAUUGGGUUUCAAGGAAAAUGAUUACAACUCUGGAAAUCUGGUUGGUAUCAGUAAAUUUCAAUUUACGAUCAAGAAUGGAGUGAGGCAAAGUACCAAUGAAGCCUUCAUCAGACCCAUACGGGAAAAGAGAUCCAAUCUCUUCGUAAAACCCAAUUCGAGGGUCACCAAAAUCAUCAUAAAUUCAAAAUCUAAUAAAGCAACUGGUGUAGAAUAUGUAACUUCUCGAUCUAAAACGAUAAAAAAAGCGUUUGCUCGAAAAGAGGUGAUUUUAUCAGCUGGAGCCAUUGAUUCUCCAAAGUUGCUAAUGAAUUCUGGUGUGGGACCUGCGAAAGAACUUAAAGAAGCAGGUAUUGAACUUAUCAAAGAUUUGGCCGUAGGGGAAAAUCUUCAUGACCAUGUAGCAGCAAGUGUAAUCACCUUAGAGAUUGAUAAAAAUUUAACAUUUUUUGACCAUAUCGAUCAUAGAAAAAGAGAUGUUAUGCAGUGGUUGGAAAGCAAAAGUGGUCCUGUAGUGAGCUCAGGAGUUUUGGGCGUUGUUCCAUUUUUCCAGACCUCUUUUGAAAGACGUCCAGGUGUGGCUGAUAUGCAAGUACAUUACCUAACUGAGCUUGAUGAGAAAAAAAGUAAUGGUGUUCCUUCUCAGUACAAUCUUUUUCCAUACUUUAACAAAGUCCGUGUUUAUCCAAGUCUUAUUGCUCCGAAAAGUCGUGGUUGGCUUAGGUUGAACAAAACAGAUCCAAUUUGGGGCAAUCCGUUAUUGGAUGCCAAUUUUUACUCAGAUCCUCAAGAUAUAAAGGCUUUAGUGGAGGGGAUUAAGUUCACCAACAAGUUUACAGAGACCCAGGCUUUUAAGUCUAGUGGUAUGAAGGUGGUACAAACUUCAACACCAGAAUGUCAAAAUCUUUUAUCGGAUGAAAUGCAGUACUAUGAAUGCGUUGCCAGAAAACAUUUUAUAUCUGUUUACCACCCGGUUGGAACAUGUAAAAUGGGCCCAGCCAGUGAUCCUAGAGCAGUGGUGGAUUCAAGGCUGAAAGUGUAUGGUAUUGAAGGACUGAGAGUGAUCGAUGCUUCCAUCAUGCCUAUUGUGACAAGAGCAAAUACUAACGCACCUUCAAUCAUGAUAGGGGAAAAGGGAAGCGAUUUAAUCAAGGAAGAUUGGUUAUCUGACGAAAAAUACUGUGAACUUGAUUCGUUAAAAAAUGCCAAGUAGUAUUAUUAAAAGUACUGCUGUCUAAUAUAAACUUAUUUUUGAGGCUGACUGCAUCAUUGCAACCCUCAGGGUAAAAA